AUGGAUCGCCAAUCUGUAUAUUCGGUCUCUGUCUUCUCGACUCAGUCUGGGCCGAAUGAGGACAGUAAACUCCAGGUCCUGGAGCAGCUUGUCAACUUCAUCCUGAGCUUCAGAUUAGACAACAAAUUUGUAUAUAGAGAUCAACUAAAAGAGAAUGCGCUGCUCAAGAAAUUCUUUUGCGAUGUCGACAUCGGCGACCUCAUCAAGUACAACGAGGAGUUGGCACAUCGCCUGGCUACAGAGCCAGCGGAGAUUAUCCCUCUGUUCGAAUCUGCCUUGAAAAAGUGCACUCAUCGCAUUCUCUUUCCCCACGAUCGGGAUGCCGUCAUCCCUGAACACCAACUGCUGCUUCACUCGACCGCCGAAGAUGUCUCGAUCCGGAAUCUGGACUCGAUGACCAUAUCGAGACUGGUCAGAGUGCCCGGUAUCGUCAUUGGUGCCUCCGUCAUGUCCUCGAAAGCGACAGAAUUACACAUACAAUGUCGAAACUGCGCGCACAAUUCAGUUGUGCCCAUAUUUGGAGGGUUUACUGGAGUCACCCUGCCCAGACAAUGUGGUCGACAACGGACUCAGGGUGACCCUGCCGAAAAGUGCCCUCUUGAUCCAUACUUUGUGGUUCAUGAGAAGUCACAGUUUGUCGAUCAGCAAAUCAUCAAGCUUCAAGAAGCACCAGAUCAAGUUCCCGUUGGUGAACUUCCCCGCCAUGUCCUGAUCUCCGCCGACCGUUACCUCACCAACCGCGUCGUACCUGGCUCACGAUGCACCGUCAUGGGAAUCUUCUCGAUCUACCAAAACAAGGCCUCCAAGGGGAGCUCGUCCGGUGGCGCAGUAGCCAUUCGGACGCCGUACCUCCGCGCCGUUGGGAUCCAGACUGAUGUCGACUCAACGGCAAAGGGCAAUUCGACCUUCUCCGAGGAAGAGGAACAGGAAUUCAUGGAGCUGAGCCGCCGGCCUGAUCUAUACAACAUCAUGGCGGACUGUAUCGCACCCUCCAUCUAUGGAAACCGGGACAUCAAGAAGGCAAUUCUGUGUCUGCUGCUGGGUGGUUCCAAGAAGAUUCUGCCGGACGGUAUGAAGCUCAGGGGAGAUAUCAACGUGCUCCUCCUCGGUGAUCCUGGUACUGCGAAGUCGCAGUUGCUAAAAUUCGUGGAGAAGGCCGCACCCAUCUCCAUCUACACAUCAGGAAAGGGUUCGUCGGCGGCCGGUUUGACAGCAUCCGUGCAACGAGACCACUCGACCCGCGAGUUUUAUCUAGAGGGCGGUGCUAUGGUACUGGCUGACGGCGGUGUGGUAUGUAUCGAUGAGUUUGACAAGAUGCGAGAUGAGGAUCGGGUGGCUAUCCACGAAGCCAUGGAGCAGCAGACGAUUUCCAUCGCCAAGGCGGGUAUCACGACAAUUCUAAACGCACGUACGUCGGUGCUUGCAGCGGCCAACCCCAUAUUUGGCCGAUACGACGACAUGAAGACGCCGGGUGAGAACAUUGAUUUCCAGACCACGAUCCUGUCGCGUUUCGAUAUGAUCUUCAUUGUGAAAGACGAGCACACGCGAGAAAAGGACGAGACGAUUGCAAGACACGUCAUGGGCAUCCACAUGGGCGGACGCGGUAUGGAUGACCAAGUCGAGGGUGAAAUCCCCGUUGAGAAGAUGAGACGGUACUUGUCUUACUGCAAGUCCCGUUGUGCCCCACGCCUGUCUCCCGAAGCAGCAGAGAAGCUCUCUUCACAUUUCGUCUCUAUCCGCAAACAAGUACACGCGUCAGAAAUGGAAGCCAACACCCGCUCCAGUAUUCCCAUCACUGUCCGUCAACUCGAAGCUAUUGUGCGAAUAACGGAAUCCCUCGCCAAACUGACGCUUUCUCCCGUUGCCACCGAGCACCAUGUUGACGAGGCAAUCCGGCUCUUCCUGUGCUCGACCAUGGACGCCGUGAACCAGGGAUCGAACCAGGGCAGCCGCGAGCUGAACGAGGAGGUUUCCCGGCUUGAGGCAGAGCUGAAGCGGAGAUUGCCCAUUGGCUGGAGCACGAGUUUAGCGACGCUACGGAGGGAAAUGGUCGAAAGCAAGGGAUACAGCGAGCAGAGUCUGAACAGAGCCUUGAUGAUUCUGCAAAGGAGAGACACGAUCAUGUUCAGGAACCAGGGAGCGCAGGUGUACAGAAACGGGGCAUAA